AUGGCGACGGGAUUAUCUGCUGAUUCAACGCAAGUACUAAGUCAGUUCCGAAGAGAACACCCAGAAAUCAAAUUUCUUCGCUUCCAAUGGCAGGACUAUUCAGGUGUUCUUCGAGGACGAGUUGUCCCGAUGGACACAGUUAUGGCCCAGAUUACCAAGGGAGGCCCUCUGAAAGCGACUGGACUCGCGAUGUGUGUCUCCCUCACUAAUAAUCUGCUACCCUCAACUCCAUUGGACGGUCAGUACUGGCUGGUACCGGAUUGGUCAACUCUUCACCCGACAGCCAGCCCCAAAAGCGCAUCGGUGAUGUGCGCCUUGGACUACACGGUGCCAGCCACUGGUCCAGUCAGCCGAGAGGUGUGUCCGCGCCAUGUGCUAGAGAAGGUCCUCCGACGAGCGCAAAAGGACUGGGGAUUGAGCUUUCUAGUCGGCUUCGAGGUAGAAUUCGUGGUGAUGAAAGCCAACCCGAGCACGGGGAAGAUGGAGCGAUGCAGUCAGGGUUGGGGGCUUUUUUCCAUCGCCGGUCUACGGGAUCCCUGUUACCAGUAUGUGGAAGAAUGCGUCAGCCAGCUCGAGGCCCUAGGUGUGGAUUUCCAAGCGAUACACACAGAGGGCCAGCGAGGGCAGUAUGAGUUCGCAUUGGGUCCGCGACCACCCCUCGAGGCGGUUGACCAGUUGGUGCUGGUACACAGCUAUCUCAAAGACAUUUUCGCUCGUCAGGGCUAUACGGUGACUAUGGUACCCAAGCCAGUGCCCUCGGAAUCACUCACGAAUGGCCAACACAUGCACCUUUCAUUACAACCUGCCAGUCCGGAACUGGAAGAGUCGUUCCUCGCUGGCAUUCUCAAACGUCUACCGGGUCUCUGCAGCUUCUGUUUACCGCAGGACGUGUCUUAUGAAAGACUGGUGCCGUUCGUGGCGGGUGGUAAUACUGCUUGCUGGGGAACUGAGACACGCUUCGUGCCAAUUCGGAAGAUCGAGCCUAGCCGCUGGGAGAUCCGCAAUAUCGAUGCAAUGGCCAACAUGUAUUCCGCUAUGGCAGGCAUUCUUGGUGCCGGGCUCUGCGGUCUGGCUGGCCAGGAGCCGCUUGUCUGGCCAGAUCUCGGGGAUCCUGCAAAUAAAGACGCAUCCCGAGGGGAACCCCUACCCAAGAAUGUCGAGGAAGCGAUAGCUUUGCUGGAUGCGGAUGCUUUUGGUCUGGCGGACAUGAUCGGCCGUCCCAUCAUAGAUCACUACGUCGACAUAAAGCGAUUUGAGCUCUCCAAGCUCAAAGGCAUGGAUCCGGAGGCUGUGAAAGAGCUGUUCAUCGAGCUGUUUUAA